AUGCGUGAUUGGCUUGCACUUCCGUUGUCCCCUUCUAGCCCUUCCAGCAUAAAGAACAGUAGCGAUGAAGAUGAUUGUAGCUACGAUAUCGUCCAUCGAUCUUGCAACACAUCCGAAGAAGAUGAAGAGGAGGAUAAAGAACCAUUAUCUUCCUGGGUCACUCUCCUAGCCGUCUUUGGUGUUGUUCGGCACACUUCACGGUCUUUUCGAGCAAAGACAAGAAGCAUUUCUACCGCAAGUCCACUUGUAUUGACAGAAGAAGAAGAAGAAGAAGAAGAUGCAUUCGACAAAGAAGACGAGGAGGAACAAGACGCAUUGACUCCAGGAGAACUAAAGGAGUCUGAACAUUUGGUAGAAACCGUAGAAGAGUUAGACGAGGGACCGGCAGCAUUCACAGAACAUACAAAAACAGAGGCAUCAGAUGAUGAAUACGAACAAGAGAUUAGCAUGAAACGUAGUUUAUCAGCCAGCAGUAUUGCUUCUUCAUCCGAUAGUGACAAUUCUACACCAGCCUGUUCUCAAAUCAUGCGACCUUCAAAAUUCUUUGACGAAAUGACCGUUGAUAACACCUUACGAUCAGUCCAAAUUAGUUGGAAUCAUGGCGGUAAAAUGGUUCAAGUCACAGGUGAAUUUAAUAAUUGGUCUGUUCCGGUUGAUAUGGUGCAAGAAACACAAUGUCACGUUGUCUCUAUACCAAUGGAUCCCAGCAAAGAUACCGAGUUUAAAUUCAUUGUUGACGGCGAGUGGCGGUACGCUAUGGAUUUACCACAUCGUGCCGACGGACGUGGUAAUGUAAACAAUGUCAUCUGUAAACAACAAGCUUAA